AUGGCUGAAGAAAUGGUGGAAGUAUGCAACCUCAAUGACCUUAAGGGUCUAAUUGAUUUCAAGAAAGGAAUUCACAUCGACACUUUCAGCCGCCUAAAGAACAGGGAAGGUCGCAGUUGCUGCGAAUGGGAGGGCAUAUCCUGUGAUAAUUCGACCGGAAGAGUGACAGAAAUCCUUCUCUUAGGACUCAUUUACUUUGAUGGUGUUCCCUUACAAAGUCAUAAGGAAGGUUGGUUGUCUCCUUCUGUCACACUCCUCACAUCCCUUGAAGCCAUUGAUUUCAGCGAGCUCAUUGUCGAUUCGCUUAGGAGCUCUUCAAGUUUGGCGAAUUUGGAUCUCCAUAGCAAUUCUAUAUCUGGUCUGAUGCCAGAAAAGAUUGAAAUUCCCAAGUCAUCAAAAGAACUUGCAGGGUUUGAGCAUCCUCGAUCUCACUUGAACAAGCUAACAGGCCUUUUAAGUUCAGUUUUUCAGAUGGGAAGCGAGCUUCCAGUGUCUUCGGCAAACAUAAGCUCCAUGGAGACGCUGAAGCUUCAGAAAAAACAAGUUCCUUGGUGA